GAGAGUUGUCGAGCUGUCCCACUCUAACUUAUCGCAUUAGCAGUGCAGCUAAAAAGAACAGACCAAAGAAUAAGAGGUGGAAAACAUACUGAUUAUGUAAAAUCGGUCGGUGGUAACCUGGAUUUUCUUCUUGUUGAAACGUCGGAAAGUUAAAGUCGUAUAGCCAACAUGUCUGAUAAACCAUAUCGACCUAUGAAAUAUCCAUAUACAUUGACUGCAAAACUUGUUCAGUUUCCAUACAAAUAUUACUGGAAACAUAGCUGGUUGUUCAGAUAUAUGUUUUAUUCCAUAUUUGCAACACUACCCAUAAUAUACAAGAUACAAAAAUUAUCAUAUUCUCCUGCAAAUGUUGAAAAGUGGGAGAAAAUAUGGAAAGAGACAUUUGAAGGCCCCAGUAAUCAUCAUUAAAAUAUAAAUGCAAUAAUUAGACAAGUAUAUAUUAAAAUGAAUAGUAUACCUGAGAGAAAAAUGUAAUCUGAGAUGUAAUCUUUAAGGUAUAAUUAGAAAAAAUAAACCUGAUGUUGCACAGGA